AUGGCCACCCACUGGCUCGGCGCCUCGCAACAGUCGACGCACAAUACGCUGUGCAAAUUUUACAACCAUGAGUUCCAAAAGCACAGCCUGUGCUACGCGACACAAGGGGCGGGCCUCGAAGCUGCUGCGACCACGUACUUGAAGCGACGCUCUACACAGCGGCUCGCCUUCGUGCAGCGACCGAGCAGAUCAACGCCGGUGGACGGCGAGAACCAGCUCUCGGUCAUUCGCACGUGCUUUGACAAGCCCACGGUGAUCGAUCGCCAAGGCGCGACGACGCAGAUUGACUGUGCCAACGCGACGGCCACGGCCACGUUCUCUGUGUGCUCGGACGACCAGGCGGUCACUCUUUUGCCGUACGUGGCACCGGAGGCAACGACUGCGUCUGCACCUACGGCACUAUUUGAGUCGAUAAAGUCGAAGUCCUGUCGAGAGCUAUUGCUUGCGAGUAACCCGCCGCUCUUUGGCGUAGAAAGAUAUGAUAGAAUGCAUCGCUGGCGUUCAAAAAAGCAGCCACAUUGGACCCACGUCAGACCGGGACGGUAG